CCCUCCUGAAAACCUAAUCUCUCCCUCUUCUGCCCCUUCUGUAAUUCCCAAUCCCACCCUUCACUCUUCGCUUCUUCUCCCGUUCCUUUUUGCCCCUCGAAUCCUGCCUUAUUCCCGAUUUCUCCUUACCCGCCAAUUUCCCAACGGCUCCUUUCCAAAUUCUCCCCCUUUCGAAGAUUCCUGACGAAACCCUAGUUAUCUGGUUCGAGAUCCCCGAUUUUGCUUCGUGGAUUCACCUUUUCUGUUCUUGUGGUUGAUGCCCAGAUCCGUUUCUCGGCGUUUUCUGGUUCUUCGAGUGGAAUUCUGGAGUUAGGGUUUGGAGUUGGGGAUACGUCUAUAGAGUUAGGUAAUUAGGUUGUUCAGGAGAGUUGAGUUCUUGCUGUAAUUGGUGUAAUCCGUUAGCCUCAGCAAUGGCAAAUCGUGAUUUAAUCCUUGGACAAAAUCGUAGUAUAGGUAUUGGGCAGGGGCAACCAUUGAUGCUUGGCCACAACCAUAAUCUGGGGCUUGGGCAGGGACACAAUAUGGAUUUAGGACAGGCUCAUGAACAUGAGUUAGGUUUAGGACACCCACAUGAUCAUGAGCUAGGGUUAGGACAUAGCCAAGAUCAUGAUGGAGAGGGUGAUCAUCACAGAUACGGGCAUGAGACCGACAUCACGGUGGAUCAAAAGCCAGAACAUGGUGAUCACGAGCUGGUUCUUUCUACGCAGAACCACGAUUUUGCUUUGUCAGAUAACCAUCAGCUGGUAGUUGGGGACAGUCACGAACUGGAUGACAACAUGGAACUAGCCGUCGACCAAAAUCAAGAAAUGGGAAUUGAUCAUGAUGGAGAUAUGGAUUCUCAUCUUGUUGUUAGUGGCCAAGUCCUACAAACCCGAGCUCUUUCUGUAGACUCAACUUACCAGCUUUCAGUUGGGCAAGAGUUUUCUGAUGUGAAGAGUUGUCGUAGGGCAUUGAGGGAUAUGGCCAUUGCUCUUCAUUUUGAGAUGCAGACCAUAAAAUCGGACAAAACCCGUUUCACAGCUAAGUGUGCAAGUGAGGGAUGUCCAUGGAGAAUCCACGCAGCAAAGCUCCCAGGUGUCCCUACAUUCACCAUUAGGACGAUCCAUGAGUCCCAUACGUGUGGAGGGAUCAGUCAUCUCGGUCACCAGCAAGCCUCGGUUCAAUGGGUUGCCAGCUCGGUGGAACAACGUCUUCGAGAGAAUCCGAAUUACAAACCAAAGGAGAUUCUUGAAGAGAUUCACCGGGUUCACGGGAUUACAUUAUCAUACAAACAAGCUUGGCGAGGAAAGGAAAGAAUCAUGGCUGCCAUGCGUGGAUCCUUUGAAGAAGGAUAUAGACUGCUUCCUCAGUACUGUGAGCAGGUUAAGAGGACGAAUCCCGGAAGCAUUGCUUCAGUCUAUGGAAACCCGGUUGACAAUUGCUUCCAACGUCUCUUCAUAUCCUUCCAAGCAUCGAUCUAUGGUUUUCUAAAUGCUUGCCGACCGCUUCUUGGACUAGACAGGACUUAUCUGAAGAGCAAGUACCUCGGUACAUUGCUUCUUGCCACUGGCUUUGAUGGGGAUGGUGCUCUGUUUCCGUUGGCAUUUGGAGUUGUAGACGAAGAGAAUGACGAGAACUGGAUGUGGUUUCUGUGUGAACUUCAUAACCUUCUCGAAACCAACACUGAAAACAUGCCGAGGCUCACGAUUUUAUCAGACAGACAGAAGGGUAUUGUUGAGGGCGUGGAACAGAACUUCCCGACCGCAUUUCACGGGUUUUGCAUGCGUCACCUGAGCGAAAGCUUUCGAAAAGAGUUCAACAACACGAUGUUAGUCAAUCUACUCUGGGAGGCAGCUCAGGCUCUAACCGUGAUUGAAUUCGAGGGCAAGAUUCUCGAGAUUGAAGAGAUUUCACAAGAUGCAGCCUACUGGAUCAGGCGAAUCCCUCCUCGUUUAUGGGCCACGGCUUACUUCGAGGGCCAGCGUUUCGGCCAUUUAACUGCAAACAUCAUCGAAUCAUUGAAUUCAUGGAUUGCCGAAGCAUCUGGACUUCCGAUUAUUCAGAUGAUGGAAUGCAUUAGGAGACAACUAAUGACUUGGUUCAACGAGCGACGUGAAAUCAGUAUGCAGUGGACCUCGAUACUCGUACCGUCUGCAGAAAGGCGAGUUGCCGAGGCUCUUGACCUUGCACGGACGUACCAGGUUCUUCGUGCAAAUGAAGCCGAGUUCGAGGUCAUAUCCCAUGAAGGAAACAACAUCGUAGACAUCAGGAACAGGUGCUGUCUCUGUCGGGGAUGGCAGUUGUACGGUUUACCAUGCGCACACGCAGUAGCGGCACUUCUCUCUUGCAGACAGAACGUUCACAGGUUCACCGAGAGCUGUUUCACCGUGGCAACGUACAGGAAGACCUACUCUCAGACGAUCCAUCCGAUUCCAGACAAAACCCUGUGGAGGGAGUUUACCGAUGGAGAUCAGAAAGCCGCCGAGGUUGUCAUAAACCCACCAAAGUCAUUGAGGCCACCUGGUCGACCAAGGAAAAGGCGGGUUCGAGCCGAAGACAGGGGGAGAGUAAAGCGGAUCGUUCACUGUAGCCGCUGCAACCAGACCGGACAUUUCAGAACAACCUGUGCCGCACCCAUUUGAUUAAACCGCUUCUACCUUUUGCCGGAAAAAGGACAACACUCUCUCGUUCGUCGUUGAUGGCAGGAACAAUAAUACCAGUAACUGUCUGGUAAUGGAAAAUAGAUUGAAGCUCUGAACCUGCAUUCCUAACGACGUUGAAGCAGAAUCACGUUCCAGAUUCAUAUGAUGCCAACUCUGUUUAUUUUCACAUAUUUCAUUUCUACGGAGGUAAAUCUAUGAUGCCAUCAAAAUGUCAGUUUGUUUAGGUUCAUCACAAAAGCGCUAUCAUAAGAUUCACAAGCAGUGUA